AUGCUCGAGAACGUGCAACGAGGCGCGAAUGUCACCGUGAUCCACCUCUCCGACCCGUCAACCAUCGAUAAACACCAUCGAAAACAACGCAACAACGCCACGCUUCAGUCGAUGAACUCACAAGGCUCGAGAUUCUCCUCGAGACGACGACGAAAGGGGUUCCGAUGUGCUGAUUGUGCGAGGAAACUGAAUGAAAAACAUCGGAGGAAAUCGGCCAGAUAUUGUACGAGAUGUUCGAGUAAAGAUGACUGCUUGGUGAGAGGAUUUAUGGGCGAUAUUCUCAAAUUCCUUAGUGAAUAUGAGCUGAUUUUGAUCAUUGAUCUGCUCUUUUGA